UUUUUUACGACGGCGGUGCUGUAAAGCGCGGGGUGUUGACAGCGACCGGCGGAGCAGGAACUCGGCCCGGCAGGACGCAGAGCCAUGAGCCGAGCCAGGAGGGUCCCGGGCCGGGGGGCGGCCAUGGCCAGGCAGAUGGGGCUGCUGGCGGAUCCCGGUACCGGGGGCAGCCCCGGGGAUGGCGGUGCUGACGGGGACGCGGCGCUGGAGGCGGAGCUGCUGCAGCUGCUGGGGGGCCCGGAGGCACCGGGGAGGGGGGGAGCACCCCCACCCCCCCAGCCAGAUCUGGCAGCAGUGGAGGCCCUGGCCCAGCUCUGCCUUCGGGACCCCCCCGAGGAGGAGGAGGAGGAGGAGGAGGAAGGGGAGGAAGAUCUGGAGAACGAGGAGGAGCUGCUGGCAGAGCUGCAGGAGGUGCUGGAGGAGGGCUCUGGGAGCGCAGUGGGUGUGGAGACCCCGCAGGACCCCGCCCCCGCGGCGGCGCUGCUGGCCGAGCUCUCGGAGCGGGCGGAGCUUUACCGGGCCGCCCUCGCCAACGCCAGCGGGAACGGGGCGCGGCUCCGGCGCCUCCAGCGCGGCCUCGCGGUGAGCCCCGACCCCGGCAACCGGCACCGGAUCCCGGCCUGCCCGGAAAUCCCCCGGGAUUCCCGCCGACCCUGGAGCAGAUGCUGCGCUCGGUGCGCAGCGGGAAACCGAUCCACCGGCCCGACAUCCCUCCUCCCGUGGCCCUGGGCAAGACCCCCGAGCUGCCUGCCGAGCCCCCAGCCCCAAAUCCCCCCCAGGAUCCCCCCCAGGAUCCCCCCCAGGAUCCCCCACAGGAUCCCCCCCCAGGAUCCCCACCUGGAUCCCCCCCAGGAUCCCCCCCAGGAUCCCCCCCAGGAUCCCCCCCAGGAUCCCCACCUGGAUCCUCACCUGCGCCUCCAGGAGCUGCAGAAGGAAGCUCUGCUGGCCAAACGCCGUGGGGACAACGCCACGGCCCUGAGCCACUUCAGGGCAGCCAAGAGGUUGCAGGCACAGCUGGAGGCGCUGGGACCACGCCCUGCUCCCGAUCCGCAGCCUGAGGAAUCCAGGGAUCCACCAGCGAAGGAUCCACCGGGGAGGGAUCCAGCGGCCUCCAGCCCAGAGCCCCCCCGGGAGGUGCGGGAGGCGCUGGAGCAGCGCAUGGAGCGCUACCGGGCGGCGCUGGGCCAGGCCCGGGCCAGCGGGGACGCCAGGAAGGCUCGGAUGCACCAGAGGAUCCUCAAGCAAUACCAGGCCGCCCUGGGUGCCCUGAGUGCGGGCAGAGCCGUGGAUCUCUCGGAGCUGCCGGUGCCCCCGGGUAUGUUCCCCAUCCCUGACCCCGACCUGGGGGGGCACGCUGGGGGACGGAGCAGAAGGAGGAAGAGGAGGAGGAGGAAGAGAAAAAAGAGGAGGCCAAGGUUCAGCCCAGCGCUCCCCCCCGUGCCCCCUCCCAAACAACAACAACAACAACCCCGGAAUUCCCACCCGGCUCCUAAACCUGCAGGGAAAGCCCAGCAGCAGCUGGAGUUCCUGGAGCUGAGGCGCCGGCAGCUGGCUCAGGCCGCCCUGCGUGCCAAGCGCUGCCAGGACCUGCCGGGUGCCAAGGAGCUGCUGCGCCGUGCCCGGGGCGUGCAGGGGCUGCUGGCGGCUGCCAGGGCUGGGCUGCCCGUGGACCUGGCUCAGGUGCCCGAGGUGCCGCUGGACGGGGCCGAGUUCGAGCUGGGCCCGGCCCGGGGGGUCCCGAGACCCCCCGAGGUCACGAGAACCUUCCUGCAGCUGGCGGGGGCCCUGCGCCGGCAGCACCAGCUGUGCCUCAGUUUCUCCCGGCAGUUCGCUCACCUGGGGAACAUCGCCGAGACCGCCAGGUGCGAGGCGCUGGCCGAGGAGUGCCGGCGCUCCAUGGACACCCUGAGGAGGGAGCACGGCCGGGGGGGGCCCCCCCCGACACCGCGCUGGGAACAGAGAACCUUCCACGUGGUCAGGAUGUUCCCCGAGCUGAGCAGCAGCGACCUGGAGCUGGGCAUCGAGAGGGGGAGGGGCAUCCCCGUGCCCCCAGGUGUGGCCCCAGGUGACCUGGACACCUUCGUGCGCUUCGAGUUCCCCCACCCCAGUGCGGAGGAAGCGCAGCGAGACAAAACCCCCGUGGUGAAGAGCACGGACUGUCCCGAAUUCCGGGCGCGGUUCCGGCUGCGGCUCCUCCGCGGCCACCGGGGGCUGCGGCGGCUCCUGAGCCGCGGGAUCCGCCUGGAGGUGGCUCAGAAAGGGGGGCUGUUCCGGCCCGAGCGCGCUCUGGGCUCGGCUCUGCUGCGCCUCGAGGGGCUCGAGGGGAGCUGCGAGCUGCGGGAGCAGCUGGAGCUGCUGGACGGGCGGCGCCGCACGGGCGGGCUCCUGGAGGUCUGGGUGCGGAUCCGGGAACCGCUCGGGGCUCAGCGGCAGCUGGAGCCGCGCUCCGAGCGCUGGCUGCUGCUGGAACCGGCGCCCGAGGCCACCCUCCCCGCCCCCAAACCUCCCGCGACCACCCCGAAGGACGGGAACAACCGAUCCCUGCCGAGCCUCAACCUGCUGCUGUUCGACCGCGAGCGGCUGGAACGGAAGAUGGUUCCGUUCGGCCGCGCCGGGCGCCCGGUGCCCCCCGAGCUGCGGCAGCAGCACCAGGAGCUGCUCCGGCGCAUCCAGGGGCUGCGGGAGCGGCUGCAGGGGGGCGACCCCCGCUUCCGCACCGAGUACGCCGAGCACCUGGAGCGCCACCUGAGGCUCUACACGGAAGCCGCGCGGCGCCUCGGGACUCAAGGGGAGAGGGAGGCGGCCAAGGAGGCUCUGUACAAACGGAACCUGGUGGAGAGCGAGCUCCAAAAGCUCCGUGGAUGAGACCCCCCCCCCAAUUCCACGUGGGGUAUUGUGGGGGUUCAGAGACCCCCUCCCCAAUUUGGGGGGGCUCUGGGGACCCCCCCCCUCACCCCGUGCCCACUGUGACAAUCACAGGGAUCAGAGCUGCUACAUCCCCCUCCCCAA